AUCCAAACAUGUACUUAAGCCAUCUUGUGCUUUCCCACGUUUGCCGGCAAACCGAUCCUUACUCUCUGCCGGAGAACGGAGGUGGAUCUCUGAGGCUCACAUCUCUUUGCCAUGCACUGAGAAGAAAAAACUGGGUUGUUUUGGGUUGAGUUUUAAAAGAAAGUUUUGGAAAUGGGGGCAGAGUGCUCUUCGAGCUCGGCCUCUGAAUAUGAUGGAAACAAAAAUAGCGAGACCCAGGUGGUUCUGAACGUGUACGAUCUCAGCCCUAUUAACAAUUACACUUCUUGGUUCGGUUUCGGAGUCUUUCAUUCCGGUAUUGAAGUCCAUGGGAAGGAGUAUGGAUUUGGAGCUCAUGAACUUUCAGCAAGUGGAGUUUUUGAAGUGGAACCAAGGAGUUGCCCAGGUUUUGUUUACCGAUGUUCCAUCCCAUUGAGCCGCAUAACCAUCGUUCCAUCUGAUUUCCGGAAAUUUCUUGAGAAUGUAGCUUCUGAGUAUCAUGGGGAUACCUAUCACCUCAUUUUCAAGAACUGCAACCAUUUUACAGAUGACAUCUCAUGGAGAUUGACGGGAAAACACAUCCCAGGGUGGGUGAAUCGACUCGCCCGAGUAGGUGCUUUAUGUAGUUGUCUGCUUCCAGAAAGCCUUCAAGUAUCUACUGUUAAACAGCUGCCUGAAUACCAUGACUGUUCAGAAAAUGGUACAGAAUUUCUAUCAACCCCCAUUGCACGUGAGUCAACAGAAAUUGAUGAUCAAGAGAAGAGCCUACUGCCCCCAUUGGCUAUUAGUGGUGACUUGGCAUUUGUUAAAGAGGCGCACCAUUGAAACUGAGCUGCCUCUCUGAACGGAGGAACAGUAUCAUUCUCCUCAACAACACUGUUGUCAUUGCUUGCAUGCAAAACUCAUCAUUUGAUUGGCUGUAAUUUAUUCAUAUUUCCACUUUUCAUCCUCUUAUGUUUAUUUGAUUCGUUCAACUCAUGAAAAAAAUGUUUUUCAUUUGUUUAGAACUGAAAAACAUGAAAUGUUGAAAUUGAUUAUUUGUCGGGGUUCUGCAUGAGGCUUUUUGUAAAGGGUAAAUGAUAUCUCAAUCCGAAUGUUAUGUCGUGUAUUAUGAACUUGGAACUAAAAGAUUGGCGGUCUA